AGUACAAAUUUGCUAUCAAAUAAUAUUGCUAGGUAGUUAUGUUUAUGCCCGAAUCUAUGUGUGUCAGUCAGAUUAAAACACCAAUCACGCGUGAAUAUUGCAUACAAGAACUUUAGCCGUUGUAAAAUUAUACACAUUUAAAAACAUAAAAAAUAAUUCAUUUACUCACUUCAUUUGGUUGGGAGUACACGUCUCACAGUUUGAUAAUAAUUAAAGUUAUUAUUAGUAUUUCAAAAGAUUAUUGCUAGUGAUUCGUAUACAUAGUCGUAAUAGUAAAACAAAUAAAUUAGUUCCGUAUUAAUUAUUAUUUUUUGCCUUGAUUUUUUCUCUGUGCGCAAAUUUUGUAAUUCGUUAUACAGACGAGAUAAUGUCGGUCAGUCCGUCUACUGGGUUCCCACUAGAAGAAGAGUACAAGAAGAACACCGGCAUCACGCCUUGGGAAAUAGCUGAACUAAGAAGCUGGCUGGAGACACAAACUCAUAUGCCAAGUGAUGUCAUUACAGAUCUGGAUUUGAUCUUAGCCCAUCACAGCUGCAAGAGGAAUCCGGAGCAAACGAAACAAGUGCUGGAGCUACACUACACGCUGAAGACUCAGUACUCGUUUUUCCAAAAUCGAACCCUCGAUGAUGAAGUGGAACUCACAUUGAAAAGAAUGUUGCUCAAACCCCUACCAUCACGCACUAAAGACGGUUACGCCGUGUUCUAUUCGCGACUGCUCGACUUUGAACCGAAACAUCUCAUCUUGCAAGAAGCACUAAAGUCAGUAUUAAUGGUUCUCGACCUAUGGCAGUAUCUCGAAGGCACAUGGCCCGGUUUAGUCAUUAUCUUCGACUUGGAGGGUUUCAGAUUAAGCCACAUGUUCCGGCUUGAAUUGCAAAUUGUUCAGCAAUUCUUACACUAUUUAGAGCACGCGAUGCUGGUACAAUUAAAGGGCAUACAUUUAAUGAACGCGCCCUUUUUCGCCAACCGACUGCUAAUGAUCUUGAAGAGGUUCGUUGGGUCUGAAAUGAUGCAUUUGGUGAACACCCAUACCGCUGGGUCUAACACGCUGGCCGAAUAUGUCGACGUGGAGAUUCUGCCUAAAGAGGCCGGUGGAAGUUUUAGAAGUGUAGAGGAGUGCAGGGAUGACACUAUUGCCAUGAUGAAAGAAAAUAAAGAUUUUUUCCUUCAAGAAAACAAAAAACGUGUGACGGAAUCCCUUCGACCCAAGAAAAGUCAAAAUAAAAAAAAACCGGAGAAGUUUCUUAAUAUUGAUUAAAUAGCAUAAAGUUGUUUAGGUUAAAUUAUUAUUUGUAAACAUGAUUUUAAAGUCUUGAAAACAAACCAACAAACUAUUUGGUAGUUUGAUUUAAAUUUCUCCAUAAUUUAGGUCGAGACAAAGUUUUUUGUUGACAAUUUUUUUGUAAAUAACGACAUCUACUGACAUACUGUAAUGAAACCAAGUAUAAAUUACAAAAUUGUUUCAUCAUAUUGAAUACAGAUGGCGUUAAAUUUACGCCACAAAUUAACUGUAGAAAAUCAUUGAACGUAGGUAGGUUACCUAUGGAAUAAAUUUUCUCAUUAUAAAA